AUGAAGAUGAAUCUCCUUGCCACAUCUUUCUCCGCCGUCGUCCUUAUUGCAGCGCUCACAUUUAGCGACGACACUUUCAUCCUCAUCGUUAAAGGUUACAACGUAGACAAGAUCGGCUCUGGCUGCGGGAGGAAGAGCGACGACUCCAACGAAAUGAGAAUGCAAGCACUCGGCUCCAUAGACUCCGCGAUCCGUUUCGUGGUCUCCGGGUCGCCGAAUACAUGCGCGCAGGCGGCGAAAUCUACGGUCUUCGCCGCCGCGAAUUGUGCCCGUGGACUCUCCGACCACGACUGCGAGCUCUGUCUCUAUAACGCCCAGUGGCGAGUGGUCGACGUCGAGUGCAAGCAUUUGUUCGGAGGAUGGCUCGUGCUAAAAGAUUGUUACGUGAGGUAUGACACCAGUACUACAUUUUGUCAUCAGUGA